AACGUGUUUAAAGAUGAAAAUGUAUAUUUGAAAAAAAGAAACGAAAUAGUAUUUUAUCACUGUAUCGAUACUAGGUUAUGUUUCUGAAAAGAAAACCAAUAUUCGAUGAAAUGACAGUUACCUCGAUCGUUUGAACGCUUGAUAAAAGUAUUUAGAAUUUUUAUCGGUGCACUUUUUAAUCGUAUUUUUGUAAUACAUAAUACCAUAGAGAAUAUAUUGCACGAUGAGACGAAAAGCAGGCGUUGGUGCUAUCCAAAAACAAAAGCUGGAGCAGGAAAAAUAUAGGGAUAAGGGAACGGAGAUACAAGAAAAUCAGUUUGAGCAAAUGACGAAACAAAUGGAAACUUUUCGUGGAAAUUUAGAAGAAUUCGCCUCGAAGUAUAAGAAUGAGAUUAAAAGAAAUGCUCGUUUUCGGCGGCAAUUUACCGAAAUGUGUGCAUCGAUAGGUGUGGACCCCUUGGCCUCGGGUAAAGGAUUUUGGUCAGUUCUUGGCAUAGGAGAUUUUUAUUACGAACUUGCUGUUCAAAUUGUUGAAGUUUGUAUGGCUACAAAUUAUAAAAAUGGUGGAUUGAUAUUAUUGGAUGAACUCAGAACUAGAUUGAUUCAAGCUAGAGGUCGUAGACCAGAGCAUCAAGAGAUCACGAACGAUGACUUAUUAGCUGCAGCUAAGAAAUUACGAAUAUUUGGAAAUGGAUUUUCCAUUGUUCCAAUUGGGGGAGGAAAACAUUUGGUACAGUCGAUUCCAGGUGAACUGAGUAUGGAUCAUACUGCUGUAUUACAACAGGCCAGUUUAUCUGGAAAUGCAUAUGUUUCAAAAUCCAUGCUGUGUACGAAGUUAAAGUGGGAACCAGACAGAACUCAGAAAGCCUUGGACCACAUGGUAAAAGAAGGACUGGCAUGGUUAGAUGAACAAGGUGAAAAUGAAAAGUUAUAUUGGUUUCCUAGUUUAUUUACAGCCUGCAUUGUAUCAAAAGAGUAAGCACAAUAUUGGCUUUACUAUAAAUAG